GAGAGGCAAAGGCAGAGGCGCCCCACGCGUUGCCAGGGCAGGAGGCGCUGUCCAGGGUGCUGAAGGCAAGGCGCUGCUCUCCAAGGUGCUGAAAGACUGUUCCAAGUCCAGCGAGGCAAGAGAGAGCUAGAAAGCAUCCCGCAGCCAGCCAGCCUCCCUCUCCCUCCCCAGCCCCACCUUCAGCCGACGAUGGAAGAGGAGAAAUAUUUACCCGAGCUGAUGGCCGAGAAAGAUAGCCUGGACCCUUCCUUUGUUCAUGCCAUGCGCCUCUUGGCGGAAGAAAUUGACAAGUUUCAGAGUUCUGAUGAGAAGAAGGAAGAUGAAGAGAAAAAAUACCUUGAUGUCAUCAGCAACAAAAAUAUAAAGCUGUCAGAAAGAGUAUUGAUUCCUGUCAAACAGUAUCCAAAGUUUAAUUUUGUCGGCAAACUACUUGGUCCAAGAGGAAAUUCCCUGAAAAGAUUACAAGAAGAAACAGGUGCAAAAAUGUCCAUCCUCGGCAAAGGUUCUAUGAGAGAUAAAGCCAAGGAAGAAGAACUAAGGAAGAGUGGGGAAGCAAAAUACGCUCACUUGAGCGAUGAACUACAUGUAUUAAUUGAAGUGUUUGCUCCACCCGGAGAAGCUUAUUCACGAAUGAGUCAUGCCUUGGAAGAAAUUAAAAAAUUCCUCGUUCCAGACUAUAACGAUGAAAUCCGUCAAGAGCAACUGAGAGAAUUGUCAUAUUUAAAUGGUUCAGAGGAUUCGGCUCGUGGAAGAGGCAUUCGCGGAAGAGGGAUCAGGGUCCCCCCUGCAGCACCUUCAAGGGGACGUGGGAAUGCAAUUCCUCCUCCACCCCCUGGACGAGGAGCUCAAGCACCAAGAGGAACUCCUGUGACACGUGGAGUACUCCCAGUCCCUCCGGUAGCCAGGGGCGUUCCAACCCCUCGAACAAGAGGAGUACCAGCAGUGCCCGGUUACAGACCACCCCCUCCUCCAGCACAUGAACCUUAUGAAGAAUAUGGAUAUGAUGAUGGAUAUGGGGGUGAAUACGAUGAACCAAGUUAUGAGGCCUAUGACAACAGCUACGCCACGCAAACACAAAGCCUGCCUGAAUAUUAUGACUAUGGUCAUGGAGCAAGUGAAGAUGCUUAUGACAGCUACGGGAUCCAAAUACAAUGGACAGCAAACUACAAGGUACAGCAAAUCAGGUACAAAAUGUUCAGGCAAGAGUACUUCUUUUGAAACCCAACAUAUAAAUGUUGCAAACUUCCGAUCAAUUGGGAGCAGAAAUGCAUUAAAUGUGCAAUUUACAGGAUUGUUACUGUUUCCAGAAACUUGCAAAGGCAUUGAAAUGGAUUAUGCAUAUAACACAAAAAGCAGAUAUUUAACCCAGUAUGAUGAGUGAAGGAAGAAAGGACAGCCUUCCUGCCUAGAAGAAUAUGGUAUUUUGGUACAGAGUCCUUCAUUAUAUGCACGCUCAGAAACCCUUAAACGGAUGAGGCAGCUAUUUGCAUCUGAUAGGAGCUAAGUGGGACAUUAAAUUAAUGCCAAACAAGAUACACAGAAGCAAACUUUAAAUGGAUGGAGAUGGAAGUCGCUGACAGGCUACCCAGUUUCUCAGCUAUUUUUGCAUUUAUUACUGGAUAUCAAGGCGAAUUCAAGAUACUCAUCGUAAAAAAAACCAGGCCAGUGACGACUGUAAAACAGAAAAGAAAUGCAAUGCCCAGCAAACCAAAACAUUAUGUUUGAAAAAGUCAAGCGAUAUUUACCUCCAUUCCAAGGAGGGUGACUGGGGACAUUUUGUCAUUGUUCUGUCAAUUCUGAGGAAGCUGGGGGGGGGGGGAAUAGGAAAAGGUGAAUGACAAAGACUGUAACAAAGUCAGGAAAGAAAGUAUAACUAAUAAAACUUUGGGAAGUGUUCAAAGAUGAAGUCUGUGUGAUUCACUCUUAGUGAGAAAGCCUUCUAUGGGAGGUCUAUGCUAUGCACAUUAUAUGAAUGUUGUCAUGCUAUGUCCUCCAUUUCAAUAAUAUUGAUCCAGUUCCACUUCUUUGAUUAAUGGUAAUUUCCUUCUAAAUCAAUAUCAAGUUUUUGGCUGUAGAGAUUACAGAUUUGAUGUAUAUUGGAUUAUUUCAUUUUAAUAACUGCACUGUAGUGCAGCUUGAUUUGUGUACUAUUGACCCUGACAAAGGGUUUAAAAUAAGGCAAGAUCAAGCAUAUGGGCUCUUUUUUACACUCUCAUAUUGAGAUGUUAUGUGUGUACAUUCACACAUGUGUCUCAGUGCUAAAUGCUCAUCAAGAUCACUUUUAUAGCUGCUUAUGAGCUUCCCGGGUCAUCUAACUUGGCACUGCUAGACACAGGAUCCCACUUGGACCAGAAGGAACUUCUUGUGUUGUUAGGAGUGUCAUAUAACCCCUACUCCAUUUGUCAGUGUGAAAGUUAAUAUAUGUAGGCCCAAAAGUUCAGCGAAUUUAAAAAUGGACAACUUUGUCAUUUCCAUUGGCAACACUGAGAAAUUGCAUAUGGGACAACAAAGGCUGGUGCACACAAGAAGAUCCAUCAGUUGAUGACUUUGGACUAUAUUCUUUGACAACAGCUGUGUUUAGCUACAUAGCAGAAAUGAAAGCUCUGUCUCUGAGUAGUCACCCUUGAAGGUUGUCUCACACAUACUGUACAAGUUAUCCCAUAAAACUAUUGCAGUCCUCAGGUACUCUCUAUGCCCAUGACAACCAAUUCUAAAAAAAAAUGGUGAAACUGGGAAGAUAAUUCGGGGUUGAGAAAAGUACCAGCUGCAUGUAGUCCUCAACCCCUUUCUAGCAGUCCCAAGUCCGUCCAGAAAGCCCUAAAGUCUUUAGAACACACCCAUAAAUUUAAAAAUUCAGAAAGAAAAAUACUUGAAAAUGGCAAAAAUGCAUCAAAACUGCUCCCAAGAAGGAUGACAAUAUUUCUAGUUGCCUCUCAGUUUUAGCUUCCCAAGACUGGUCAAAAAACAGAUAAAACAGGAAUGAGAAAUGACAUUAUUUCACUUCCAAUCCAAAUAAAAUGUCACUGUGGAGCCCAUUAGGAGAGGAAAGAGGAAUAUUAGUCUCUGCAGCUGGCCACCCCUGAAAGAAUUACUAUUGCACCCUUCCAGCAAAGAUCUCAUAUUGUAGGUGGCUAAUAAGAACAAUGUAAUUCUGACAAAACAUUUCAGCCCUAUUCAUCUCAUGAAGAAUAUAAACCAAUGAUGGCAAAUCUGUGGCAUGCAUGCCAAAAGGGGCACCCAAAGCCCUCUCUGUGGGCAUGCAUAUCGUCACCCCAGCACAGGGUUUGGCAGAGUUCAUUACUAGAAAGCCAGAGGGACAUGGCACUGUGUGAUAAAUAAGUGGGCUUUGGGUUGCAGUCUGGACACCCGGUCUCUAAAAGGUUCGCCAUCACUGGAUAAACCAAUAACCAUCAACCUAGGAGUAAGCCCCACUGAACUCAGUGGAACACUUGGGAGUAGAGGCUAUAGGACUGAACUGAAAAAUGCUUUCUUAAGAUCAUUGAUUAUGUCAUGGCAAAACAGUUUGUGUUCAUUCUGUACGACAGGUUUAGAUCCUCAUCCCCCAAUGGACUUUAUCUGGAAAUUAAUGCAUGUAAAUACCUGAAGACAUAACAACAUAAUACCAUGCACUUUUUUACACUAUAGUGAUUUCAAGGCAGGGGGGAAUGAAAGCACUGGUUACUGUUCAUAUUCAGAAUUCUAGUAUGCCCAAAGAACAAUGCAUUUAUAUUUUGUGCAAAGAAAUUUAUGCUUCCCAGGGACAACCACCAGAAUAAAAUUAACUACAACUUUAAAACUGAGAAACUCCAUUAUAUUUUUUAUUAAUUUUAGGUAACCAUGGCAUUGCAAGUCAUUCGUUGUAACAGAAGAAGCUGUCUUAUAUCAAAUCAAUACAUGGGUUACUCUAAUCCAAUGUUGUCUACACUCUCAUCGCUUUUCAGAGUUUCAGGAUGGAUCCCCCCCCCAAGCCCUGCCACGAGAUGCUGCUGGUUGAACCUGCAAACUUUUGCAUGAAAAGCAUAUUCAUCCCCACCAAGCUAUGGCUUUCCCCCAAAGUGUCUGCCUGUCUGUCAGCAAACCACAUGCCCCCCAAAUCUACUCCAGAAGCCUAAUGAACCUUUGUGUCAGAAGACAGGAGAAGAAAGGGAAAUACUGUGAUCUGAAAACUGGGGAAAAUGUAGGCUUAUAUCACUGUUCAUAUUUAUAUGUAGUCGUCACUAGAAAAUGAACUAUGUUCUUCAGUCAGUUGUCUAUUUGCUUAAAAUUGAGAGGCAGCACAAAAAUGAAAAGGACUUCCACUCCUAAAUUUUAAACUUAGUAAUGAAUAUUUGGAUACUCCUCUUGUACGCUCUUUAGGAAACCUUGCCAUGUUCGUAAUAUUGUUGUUUGCCUCUGGCUCUAAGAGGUUUGGAUAGCAUACCACACUAUGCUGAAGUCUGAAAGAAGUAAAACCCAUUGUUUUGAAAAGAAUGUAGCUCAUGAUAACUUCAUUCUAACAAAACCACCAGAGUCUUGUUCUUUUAUCAACUGGUGUCUACGCUUCUGAAUGAAACUUAGAAAAAAUAUAAAGAA